AUGGACGCGGAAACACUAUUCAACAAACUUUUAGUUCUUGUCGAUAUUCUAAAGUACUCUAAAACAACCAGUGUACUUCAAUGGGAUACAUCUUAUUUGCAGGACACAAUACAAUGCGCUUAUGAAGUUGAGAAACAAGUACUUUGCAUGUCUGAACAAGAAUUUGUUCCUAUUUAUCAAAAGAUACUUGAAAUAACUAGAAGUGGAAAUGCACAACAUUCAAUUAAUGAAAUUGCCAGAAUUCGUCAUUCUAUUUAUUUCUCAUUGUUGGGUAAUAAUAAUUUACCUGCCGAAUUAUAUUAUUAUGUAUUGAGUACUUAUCCAGCCUCUGGUGAAAGUGGUUUAGGUGUUGGAAAAGACGCCCUUUUGCAGGAUAUACAAAAAAUUGGCAAAACUUGUGCUACGGCGGAUGUUUUACUAGGAAUGGGAUUAACAUUGCAAGAGAACCUAAUGACAAUCAAUAAGCAAUGUUCAUACGAGCGUCCUGAGCAAUUAUCUGUCAUCUAUGAAUUUUCAUUCAGGCUUCUUCCAGACACCAUAACGAAAAGAGCGACCGCUCGUCCUCUCUUGGAUAAAUUUAUUUCGUUGUUCGAUGAGAAUGGAGAGAUUGCUGCACAUUUUCUGGAUCAGAUAAGAGAAGAGGCUGUUUCAAUUCCAAUGAAUAAUUCUGAAGGAAUGCAAAUAAUUGCACACUUAAUAAUAUUAACUGACGAAAACGACUACAAAAAUUCGUACAAGGCUAAAAAAGUUCAGAAAAUUUUACUGGACUGGAUUCUGUCAAUUAUUCAUAUAACUGACACUCAACAAUACGAGAUGAUUCCUGUACAACUAGAAAAUCAGUUUUGGAUGUUGCAUCCAUGGAUUCUAGCACAACUUUCGUCACUGAGCUACCAAAUAUUCGAUUUGUAUAGCCAGACGCUAAUUAAUUGUAUGAAUCAGGAGAAAAAAAUUCACCAAAGAAGAGAUUACGUGCACUGCUCAACUACUGAUGGUAAUGAUGAUUCCAUAAUAAUAACACAAUUAUACUACAGAAAGAUCGAACCAAAUCGGCAGGAAACACAAAAUUACGAAGCAUCGGAUGACAUUUUUUUAUUGAAGAGAUUGAGUGAACAUUGGAUAGCUUUGAAAUAUCAAAAAAAUGAAAGAGUGCAGUUUUUGACUAAUCAAUUAUUAGAAAAUGAUUGGUUCGCAUUCAAGAAUUGUUUGAAUCCGUAUUCGACUCGGGAACAGUCGAAAUUUGAAAUAUUGUGGAUUGAUUUUUAUAAUAGUAUAGGAAUGCUUUAA